AUGGAUAACUACGAUUUUGACGUGUACCAGUGGAAAACCAAAUGUGUUGUUGGAUUCACAGCUCUUUUAUUUGCGGUAACUCUACUUAAAAAGAAAUAUCUUAUUCGUAAAAGACAUCCGUUAGGACGUCCGUGGACAAGAUCUUUUAACAAAGAAGAAAAUCGAGCUAAACACUCUUGGUACUUUACUAUUCUUAAAGAGGCUGCUUUGUCUGAUUCCUACACGUUUCAGAAUUUCACACGCAUGUCCCCAAUUUGCUUUGAGAAAUUGCUUAAAGAAAUUGGUGGUCAUCAUGAAAUGCAAAGGAAACAUACCAAAAUGAGAACGUGUAUCACAGCAGGAGAAAGAUUGGCACUCACCCUACGAUAUUUUGCCACUGGUGAUAAUCUUCAUACCCUUGCGUAUGGAUUUAGAGUAGCUUCUUCUACUGCAUGCCUUAUUACUCGAAGUACAGCAAUAGCAAUUUAUGAGGAAUUUGCAUCAAAAUACCUAGCUGUGCCAAAUGCAGAUAAAUGGAGAAGGGUUGUCCAAGAAUACUACACAAAAUGGAACUAUCCCAACUGUUGUGGUGCAAUAGAUGGCAAACACAUCGCUAUUAUUUGUCCACCACACAGUGGGUCUCUUUACCAAAACUACAAAGGCUUUAAAAGCAUCGUGUUAAUGGCGAUAGCUGGUGCUAAUUACGAAGUUUUGAUGUUUGAUCUUGGUGAAUAUGGAAGACAAUCUGAUAGUGGGAUUUGGUGCUCGUCUGAUUUACGCAAAGCCUUCAAAAACAGACAAUUAGAUCUUCCAGCACCAUCUGCUCUUCCUUUGUCACAAGAAGGCUCUUUAGUGCACCCAAUGAUUCUUGUUGGUGACGAUGCCUUUGAGCUUACUGAUUACAUGAUGAAAGGAUAUCCCGGUAGGAGAACUCUACUUCCUCAGCAUGAAACUAUCUACAAUUAUAGACAUUCUCGAGCCAGGCGAACUUCGGAAAAUUUAUUUGGAAUUCUAGCAACAAGGUGGAGGUUAUUCCUAACAGCUGUGAACGCAAAACCUGAGAAUGUAGAACAUUAUACUCGUGCAGUUUUAGUCCUGCAUAACUUGUUGAUUGCUGAAUGCAACACCUAUGUAAGAAAAGUAACAUCAGACUAUUUCGACAGAAACGGUGGCCUGUUUGAUGGAGAUUAGAGAGAUGAUGAAGUAUAUAAUAAUGCGGCAAGUUUUAAUAACAUGGAACACUCUUAUAGUCGAAAUGCAACGCAAAAGGCAAAGAAGUUGCGUAAUUCAUACAAACAAUAUUUUUGCCAUGAAGGAAGUGUACCGUGGCAAUAUGUCAUUUCUAAUUUUACAAGUAAAAACACCUGAAUAAAUGCAUUAGCAUUAUGAAUACAAUUAUGUAUUUCUUUUCCGAGUUUCAACAAAUAAACGAUUCAUGAACAAAAAAUGAUGCCGGGGAGAAACUAUUUUAAAAUGGAGGAACAUAACGUUUCAAAGUAAAGCAAUAUCUUAGUGAAGAUUGGCACAGGAAAUAUUUAUCCGCAUUAACAGUCGCAAAGGUCGUUAGACCAAAAUUAAAAUCAAUUGAACAUUUGAAAGACAAAAAAAAAAUUUUAUAAAAAUUAAACUGAUGGCUUCCACUUCUUGUACGUAGCGUAUAGAUUUUCCAUAC